AAACAAAACAUUUAAAUAAGUAAAAAGCGUCGAUUAGCGAUGAGGUGUGAACUAAAACAGUGUAUUUGGGACGUUUGUUUUAAUAUUCAUUAUGUAAUGAGCCGAUCGGCGCCGCGCGGCUUUCACUCGCGCCGCGGCCACCGCGCCGUUCUGUAGCUCAGUUAUUUACUCAACUGCUUCGAUUCGGCCCAAAGAUAAAGACAGUCGAAGCACUACGCGACCGCGCCGUAUCUUAUCACUGCCACUCUAUUGAUCACCCACCAUAUAUCGCGAACCGCUCGCCUUUUACGGACGACCAACCUUUAUUGUCCAAUUUAACUUGCAGACGUGUACUCUUUUAUACUCGCGAUGUUACCGGUGAAGUCAUAAUGUGUGCGUUACAAAAAUAGAAAUACACAGUUUACAGGAAAAUAGUAUUAAUAACAAAAGUGUUGCGGUUUGUAAUCGAACGGAAAUGGGCACGAAAUCGCCGACGACGAGUGUGAAGUCGCGCGAAAUAAUCGGAGUCGACGCGUUCAGUCAGAGGCGGGAGGUGUUCGACAAGCACGACACGGUGUUCCUCCCGCUGCCUUCACCCACUGCGAUGACGCCUGUGUAUCGGGACGCCGAGCCCAUCGUCACGUCCAACCACGGGAAAACCACCACCAAUUUCAAGCGCAACACGGCCGGCUACUCCAGCAUGCGCGAGUCCAAGACCGACGAGCGGGUCUUCGACUUCCGACCCAGGAAGUACUCCGACAACUUCACUUCGGAACUCAACCAGAGCGACGAUGUGGACUACAGACACAGCAUGAUGGACCGCACGCGCCGCCUGUCCAAACUGCGAAGGGACUUCCUCACGUCGAACCUUCACGAACCUGACGAUAAACAGUUCUCCAGAGCCGGCACACGCGCGUCUCUCCCCACCGGCAAAGUUUCCGCGAUGAAGUACAAAAUUGAGAGCCCCAAUUUGUACAAGUUUCCCUUCGCGGAGCCUUACGCGACACCACCGCCAGUGCGCCGGGUUGUAGUCGACUUAGGGCCCAGUGAAACUGACGGCAAAGAAAACCAAGACCCCGAAAUUAGACCUAAACACCAGAGUCUUACGGAUUCACCUACUAAAGUGGACCAUCAGAAGCUUUUUGAACAGCUAGUGAAACGGUAUUCGCCGCAGCGCAAACCUAUCGACUGGACCUUGCCUCCUACCAAACCUAGAGUAGUCGAUUCGGUCCCUAAAUCUACGUCGAGUGUUGAGGACACGGUUAAUAAGGCUGAAAAGAGUGAAGAAAAUAAACCUGCUGAUGAUGAUGUGUUUGAGAAGAAAGAAAAUAUUGCGGAGGCGAAAAAAGAAGAGGAGGGUAAAAAGGAAGAAAUCAAGCAGGAACACAUAAAGCCACAUGUGGAGGUGAUUCAAAAUGGGUCAGAGAGCCCAGCUGUGAAAGAGGUUGAACCUAACCAUGUCAAAGAGAGAGAUUCUAAAGUAUCUCUCACAGAACUAGCAGAGAAGAAUGAUCGCGUGCCAGAACUGUCUGUCAUGCAGAGGCAGUUGAGUAGAGAGUCGACUAACCAUAAAAAGCCUUUAGUAGAGCAACCUGACAUAAGCAUUCCAGAGUUGAUUAACAAAAUGACAGUAGAAGGAGAGAAGCUAGAGAGUGACGGUAAGAAUGUUAAAAAAGUUAAGAGGAAGCGAAGUUUCCUGGACAAACUACUCGGCAGGAAGAAAGACAAAUAAGUUCUCGGGUGAAGUGAUGGUGCAUUAAUUGCAUAGUUACUGCACAAGUGCAAACCUGCCAAAGAUAAUUUAUCAAGGUUGUAAAAAACAUGACGUCAGUGUUUUUAAUCUUUUGAUACAUGAAACUAGAUUAGUCUCUGUAAGAAAUUGUAGUAUUUUUGAUAAAUUUUUAUUUAUAAAAUAAUAAUUAAUAGCAGACUUCCUAUGUUUUUUAUCUAAAUGCAAUGGCGGGGUUAUCUAUACUGAUAAAAGUAAGUGCCAUGUGACACUCCCUAUCUGCCAAAUUCUAAGCACUGAGUUGAGUUCAGUAACGUAGAUAAAAUGCUAUAAAAUAAAUACGAUAUAAAUGUACUUAUAAUAUGUUCAGAAACCGUUAAUAUUUUCCUUCAUUGCGGCACUGAAUUCAAUUUCCUCGUGAUAUUGUUAAGUUAUUAUUAAUGUUCGUUACAUCCUCUAGUAUUAUUAAACGUUACACAUACUGCUUAAUGAUUUCGGAAUAACAAUGAUACACGAUGUUACCUUUUGUGCAAUAAAAUAUUUUAUUUAUUUUUAAAACAGUUUCUUUCAUUGGAACAAAAACGUAAUUAAUAAUUUUACCCGAUUUUUGGUAACUAUUAUACGUAAAGCUAAUAUCACAAUAGAAAAAGCACAUAUUUUCAAAUGUCAGCGAUAGGAAGUUCCUAUCAGGAACCACAAAAAUGUAAAAAGAUUCGAUAAGCAUUUAUAAGUAGGUAAUUCAGUAAAAAUUUUAAUCAAUUUAACAUUGAGGUCAAUACAUAUUUGCGGUCUUCCCUAACAUAACAAGGUAUACAUUCGCCACACAGUCUACUUAUAUCGUAAAAAAUACUUCUGUAGUUACUUAGUACCGAAUUUGAUUUUAAGUUGUACAGUCAGUGUACAUAAACAAAUAAAGCUAAUACAGACGAUUUUACAACAAAAAUCAAGAGUCUGAUAUGCUGUCCACUGUACAACCACUGGAUGAUUGACAGUGAUAAUUUAGAAAAGAAAAAAUUACGAAAAUCGUAUAUCUAAUGCAAUAAAGUCCAAAAAAUGCACACUUGAUUGAAUCAUAGCUACAUAAUCGAAUGUAGAUAACAAUACUGACUUGAUAGGUGAAGGCUGCAGCCUUCACAGUAUUUAGCAAAUUCCACCUAAGGAACUUGGUUCAAAUUAUAACAUUGUAGUGAGUUUUUCCAUAAGCAACAAUUUUGUAAAAUACAAUGACAAUCCUGUAGAAAAAGGGUAACACAGUUCUGAAAACUAAAGCAG